AUGGAGUCUAGAAGCUUUAUGCCGGAGUUACCGUUGGCGUGUUAUUUACUGAUUUUGGCCGCUUAUUUCACUGCAGAAACUGAAGCGUGCCUAGCCAGUGGUAUUUGCGGUCCGCCGGGUCUAGGUGGCCUCGGCUGUAUGCACGCCCAACCCACAAUGGGGAUGUGUGCGGCCGGGGGCUGCCCACCGGGCUACCAGUGCGGUCCCUACGGCUGCGCCCUACGCCGUGCCCGGGCUCGUAGCUCGAACACGAUGGUGGCUGCAGGUCAACAAGGUUGGUCGACGACUGAAGAGGAGGAAAAACCUAAGGUAAUUUUUUUACCAGUGGGUUCCCAGCGGGUUCCCAGCGGGUUUUUUAACCAGUUUACCGAGCUACUCAGAAUGUAUCUGAAGCAAGACGCGUGUCCAGUGCAAGCCUCAGCCGAAAUUCAGUUCUGUGCAGCGCAAGGACGUGAUCAUCGAGAGUGCUGCGCACGAAACGUACGACACAGUACGGUAGGGUAUGACCAAAGAGUACGGUAUGACAAUACGGUAUGCUACGGUAGAAUGCAGUGCGAUACGGUACGGUAUGGUAUGAUCAAAGAAUACGGUAUGACAGUACUGUACGAUACGGGUACGGUACAAAUUACGGUAGAAAUUCAUUUUAAAGGUGUAACCACGACGCUGGCCGGAUCGAAAUGUCUGGUGUUCUGUGAUCAGAGACCUGGGAAUGUGACGCAGUUGGACGUGAGUUACGUGAGUUGUUAUGAUCGAUUUGACAGCAUGAAACGCUGCUUUUGGCAUGAUCUGAUGAAUCGAUUGGACAACGAGGCGCGUAGUUCGUAG